AUGUCUUUCGUCACUCGUAACAACCCUAGCCAAGGAGACAAUCAUCGCUCUCGUUUCUCGCUUUACGAAGAUGACAACGCUGACCAGCAUGAAGAGUACCAGAGCACACGCUCAGAGCUUCCGGCUGAAAUCCCGGAUAGCCAGCCUGACCCAUACCUCCCAGCUGAAAUCCCUGAUAGCCAGCCUGACCCAUACCUCCCAGCUGAGAUCCCUGAUAGUCAACCCGACACAGACUAUCGCGAGGAUUUACCCUUUGGUGACCUAGACUAUUUAGAGGUCUCGUCCCAGUUACCUACUCGGGGUCACGGUGACCUCCACCUUGGUGACGCUAGCGCCGUCGACGGGGGCGACUACGACCUUGGUGAAGAAGAGGCCGUUAUUCCCCGUGACUGCAAUCUUGACAACCAGAAGGUUAUCGACUCUCGUGUCAACCGCUUUGACUAUCCUCAUCAAGAAGAGUUCGAUGACAGUGCCCUCGACGAGAUCGUUCGUAGCUCGUCUUCUGAGAGCACUGAGAUAAUACCUGGAGGCACUCGGCUCACUGUACGUCUCAAGCAUCGUGUUCCUUUACACAAAGAAGGGGUCAAUUGCAACGGCCGACUACCUAUAGCCGCUCCUCAAUACAAAGGUUUCGACGCCAUGGAAGAACAAUGCACCCAACCAGCUACUCAGCCAGUCGCUCGUCAAGAAGGCUUCAAUAGCAUGCUCAGCGAGCAAGAUGAAUCAGACAUCAUCUGCAUCCUCCUCCCUACAUCACCGGCAGCUCAUGAGGCUGUCGAGCUUACUGCUAAUGCAGCACCUCAACAUAUUCUACAGAAUCAUGGCAUGUCUCACAUAUACAAAGCUCCUGACGAAGACAUGACUACUGGAGGCGAUACAAGAUCAGGUGACGAAUCUGACGAUUCCGAGAACUUAAGUGCCCAGCCUCCUGAUCCGAACCAGUCAAAAUGGGAUGGACCCGCAAAGGAUAUUGCUCUUCGAUUUUCCUCAAAGGUUCACAAUCUUGGCCUAGGUUUUACCUUUGGCCGCAACCCUGCGAGGUGCGACUUGUUGCUCACCAAUCAUGACACCUACAUGAUUAGUAAUCGCCACUUUCGAAUCUUCAUGAAGAAUAACGGAAGUCUCAUGAUCGAGGACACUUCCACUAAUGGCACAAUCAUUGACGAUAUCGUCUUACACGGCCCUAAGGGCGACUCCUCGGAUACCAAUCGCGAAUCACAACAUACCCUUUGUAACGGUGAUACCAUUGAGCUUCCUCUCCAGGGAAAACAGCGCGGACAGUCUAUCAGAUUCAGUGUCAAGAUGCCCAUGAGGAGCGAAGUCGGCAUUGAAAAGUACACCCAGAAUUGUUAUGCAUACAUCAAGUGUGUUGAGCAAGCAGAACGACAACAUGGAUUUCUUGCUCAAGCUGCACGAAACGGUAAUGCUCCGGUCGUACCCCCCAGUAAGAUUCAAAGCUUCUACAACUUUUUGCUGGCACAGAAUCUGACCCAGAAGCAGGUCCCUAUGCACGCCUUGCCGCAGGGCGUGAGGCCGGACACUUCGCCCCACACAUCUCUGUUGGCAGCUGCGACUGGAGCCAACUCCCACGGCAUGCAUUGGAGUGGUGGUGCCAAGUAUAACGUUGUUGGCUUUGUUGGCUCGGGAGCCUUUGCAAACGUAUACAAGGUGUCCUCGAAGAGAGAUGGUGUAGUGUUUGCUGUGAAACAGUUGGACAAGAGUCGUCUUGUCAAAGAUGGGAGCCUUUCAAGCAAGAUCUACAAUGAGCUCAAUGUCAUCAAGGGCUUACGUCAUCCCAACAUCGUGAAGUAUGUCGACCAUCAUGAGACAGCUCAGUGGCUCUUCAUUGUAAUGGAGUACGUUCGUUAUGGAGACCUCGGCGCGUGGACCCGUAAUGGAGCUCCAAUGCCGGAGUAUAUGUCGAUGCAUGUCGCUCGACAGAUUUUGCAGGCUCUGGACUACCUGCAUCAACGUGGUAUCACCCACCGGGAUCUUAAGCCCGACAACGUCCUGAUGGAAAGUGAUUGCCCCUAUGUCUUCAAGCUAUCCGACUUUGGACUCUCGAAAAUCGUCACCAACAAAGAGACUUUCCUCAAGACUUUCUGUGGCACGAUGAUGUACUGUGCCCCUGAGGUCUAUCCGGGAUAUAACAGAGUCAAAGCCUCAUUGCCAUCCAAGCGUUCGCGUACAAAUCCAAAGUACGAUCACACGUUCCCCUACCAGCACUCUGUUGACUUAUGGGGUCUUGGUGCCGUGCUUUACCACUUGCUAUCUGGACAAGCACCUUUUAUUGCUAGACACGAUCCUCAGGGUGAGGAUAUGCUGUGGAAUGUGAUGCACAAGCCGGUGAACUGGGAGCGCUUGAGGAUGGUAGGCGUAUCACACCUGGGCAUCGACUUUCUAUCUGGGAUGCUCGUCACAGAUCCCUCUGAGCGUGCUUCCGACGAGGAAUUGUUAGACCAUCCAUGGGUUCGCGUCGCUGAAGGCCCAGCAGAUGCGUCUGACUGUGUUCUUAGUGACCCAGCCGAGCGCUUCCUGAACGCUCAUGCAUCUCAGCUGAGCAUUGGCGAUGAGGAAGAUGAUAGAGCAGAAGAACCAGUCGGGGAUGCGACCGAAGAUCCUCGUGCGUCUAAACGUGCUCGAGCUUGGGUUCCGGACGUCACACGGAACGUAUGGGGAGAGACUCCAUCGAUGGUGGCUCGAAACCAUCAGCAAGCAAACUGGGCCGAUGCCCCACCGCUGGACAUGACGUGUCCGCCACCCCAAAUUUCUGCAAACAAUAUGGGAGUUCAACCGCAGCCAAAUCGGCUUUUCGGCGAGAUUGGAACGUCUGCACUUGCUAGCUCCGGCGCCCUUGGUACAGAGGGUAAUCGCGCGUUGCGAGUACAUGGACAUGGACAUGGGCCUGGAAGCUACGACCAAUCUUCCGAAGGUCUUUACAAUGAUUCUCGUGCUGGCAGCCCAGAAGACGCUAGCGCGGCAAAUGUGUCUAACACCCAUGCCGAUCAUCAACAAAAUACAAAUCGAGGGACCACAAAAGACGACGUUCAGCAUUCACAACGCUUACCUGGUCCUACACACAGCGGAGCUGCACCCAGUCUGCUUGGUACUGAGGUACUCGUUGGUCAGCUCAACAUGACGUCUACUGGAUCUGGCGCAUCUGCUCGAGCGGAGAAUGGCAAGCCCGCCACCCCAAAAUUGUCCAAAGACCGCGACUCUCCGUCUUCUCAGCCUAACUCCAAGCGUUCCAGCCAAGAUAUGCUACCUCCCGAAUUCGAAGGAGCUUCUAAGCGACCCAAGACUACUGGUAUUGAACACCCACCUGGCGAGCUACCUAACACGUUUGAGGGAUAUUCUGCGGCGCGUCGCGCGUCGAUCGAAGAUCUUAGACAGAAGAGCAUGUCUCCAAUGUCCAUACCCGGCCUACGAGGUAGUAACUACGGCGGAUAUCAAGAUGGCCAACAGUCACGUGGAGCAUUCAAGAGCAAUGACGACUUGCCAACGACAGCAUUCAACAGCCGCGAGUCGUCUCAACACUUUGGAGCAGAGGAUGAUGACAUCAUGAUGGGAUAUGACGGGGACAGUGAAGAUGAAGUCUUACGUCUCGAAGAAGCACUCGCUGCUGCUAAAGCCAAGAAAGCAGCAAAAGCAGCAUCUCGCACCACCUCUCGCCCCAUCUCGCGAGCCUCUUCACGCCCCACAUCUUCGCACGCGGACCCAACUUCUACCAUCCCCCAACCCAUGACCGGCACCGCGAUUUUUGACGCGACGGCCCAUCUUGCCCCGACAGCAACCGCAUCCUUUGUCAAGCCUCCUCUCCGCUUCGGCAACCUCCAGCCCACACGCGGCUCCAUCCAUACACCCGCCAUCUACAUCACAGAGCGAUUAACCACCUACGGCCGCAAACCCGACUCCACGUUCGUUCACCCCAACCCCAGAGACGACCGUAUCCCCAAGCAAGCCCUCGACAUCCAGAUGUGGUACCCAGGGAUCGAGGCCGACAUCGACGCCGACAAGAAGAACUGGGUGAAUCAUCCAAAGCUGGAGGCGAUCUUACGCACGCACGCGUCUCUGUAUGUGCUGGUUAACGGAGUAAAGUUGAAGAAAGGGAGAGGGGAGUACUUAUGGGGCAGACUGAGGACUGGGGAUGAAAUCACGGUCGUGGAACCAAGGAUUGGUGCGACAUCGGCAAGAGACAAGGAGUUUCUACGCUUCCGCUGCGAAUUCUUCGUCGGCAUCAGCAAGAAUAUCAGAAAGCCGGGAGAGAAAGUUUUCGUCGUCGAAGUCGAGAAGGACAAGUUCAAGGUGGCUGAGGAUCGCAAGAGUCGUGAGAGCACCGCUGCGCUUGGAGCGAGCAAGAACGGCGAAGGAUCGAGCAAGGACAAGGGAAAGGGCAGAGAGAUUGACGAGGCUACUUCCAACACCAACAAUGCUACCGGCAAGAGUUAG